ACAAGAUACAGUGUUAAAAAGUUUUGAACCGGGAAAUGCUGUAAACUAAUAGAAAAACUAUUAAACUGUUCUAAAUGAUUUGCUUGUAACAAUAAUCGGCAGUUUUAAUUGUGCCCGUUCGAAUAAAAUGUUUUCUCCGGCCAUAGUGCAGCGACUGUUGUGUCGGCAUGAAUGUGCUCGCUGCUACACAUCGACAGCUAAGCGCAGUGUUUUACGACAGGAUACCAACAAAAUUCCAACACACCAGUACCCGAUUGCUAAGGCUGGCGACCGGCGUGUGUAUGUGUGGGGGUUGGCAGCAACGGGAGCUUUGGGAGUGCAAACGUCCGUUAAAAAGCAAGCUAAAGCAUAUACAGAUUUUGUUCAACAUCCUAGUCGGUUGAAUUUUGCUGAAAAUCGUGAUAUUAUUGAUGUUGCCGCGGGUUAUGGUUUUUCUACGUUUGCGGCAACGUGUCGGGAAGGGCGAAGCCUUUGGGGAACGGGAAUCAACACCGACUCGCAGAUAGGUUACCACAAGUUGGGUGGUAAACAGAGAAAACCAUUCGAAUUGUUAAUAUAUCCUGCUCCGAUUAAUCUGAGUACUGUUGUGGGUAACAACAAGGAGGUACAGAUCGUUAAAGUUGCCGCUGGAAGAGCACACAGUCUAGCGCUGGCGGACAAUGGGAAUGUUUUUGCGUUUGGCAAUAAUGCGUAUGGUCAGUGUGGAAGGAGCAUAAUCAGGGACGAAGACUAUUUUCACGCGCCUGUAAUUAAAAGAAUGAAUCGAAUUGGCAAUGAAACGGUGAAAGAUGUUGAUUGCGGUCAAGACCAUAGCUUCUUUCUUACUGAAUCCGGGAAGCUAUACUCGUGCGGUUGGAGUGACGACGGUCAAACUGGACAGGGUAGAUUUGGACUCAUCAGUACUCCCGCGCUGGUGGAAGGUGAUUUGAAAGGCGAGCAAGUGGUCAAAGUGACCGGUACGGCAGAUACAGUUUUAGCUUUAAAUGGUAACGGCGAAGUGUUUGGUUGGGGUAACACCGAGUAUGGACAAUUGAACGGUGACGAUGACGGAAAUCCACAAAUCGCCUCUCCACGAAACCUAGACUUUCUAAAAGACUGUGGAAAAAUAAUAGACAUUGCAGCCGGUGGUUCCUAUUGCCUAGUUCUUAAUGAUCAAGGGGAAGUAUUUGCUUGGGGCUAUGGAAUUCUCGGUUUUGGCCCGGAAGUAGAACAUAAGUCACGACCGUGUCGAAUACCACCGGCUCUAUUCGGUCGAAAUGAUUUCAACCCAUCCAGUCGGGUACGGUCCAUUUACGCCGGUGUUACGCACAGUGGAGCAAUCAACGAUCAGGACGACCUCUACAUGUGGGGGCACAAUAGGUACGGUUGUUUAGGGUUUGGCAAUAAAAAGGAUCAGUUUUUCCCACUGAAAGUGGCCGUCAGUGCACGGGUGCUGAAAGUUAGUUGUGGUGUUGAUCACACGUUAGCGCUAUGCAAGGCGUUCGUUUGAGUCACUCAAAGUUUUACGGUUCUUUAGAAUAAACGCGCGAAUUUACA